UCGGCAUUUGUUGGAGGCGGUCUGUCCAGACAAGACAUGGAUAGUAUCAGCCUCUCUCGCAAUUUGUGCCGUUUCCGGGCAAAAGGCUUUUGAUAGAUACCUCAUUUUACCUGGCUUGUAAGGCACGGAUGACAUGCCCACGAUACGCCCUAGUAAAAGACUGGUUAGACGUAUCUGAUAACACCAAGAGACGCCAGAAGGGGGAAGGGGAGAAAAAAUAUAUAAAGUUCAAGAAUGGGAGAGAGGGACAAGUGUUCCUGAAUCAUUUGCGGCCAAGGGCCUUCAAGAGCUGUGAUUUUGUACCUUUGAGGGUUUUGUUUCUUCUCUCUUUCUGCGCGUUUGCCAUCCAUCUCUACGGUACCUUAGGUGAUGUGUGCUCCACUCCCUCCAUUCUCUAUAAGGUAGCCUUUCGACGGCAAUAUGGCCAAGGCGCAUUCGGCUUCCACUCCCUCAGGGAGUGAUCAUACCCUGCCCACAACGGAACCUCACUCUUCGUCCAAUGGAUAUCCAACUGGCCCAAAGGGUACAGUAAGCAGGCGGGGCGCCUUGCUGCGGUAUCUCCAAACGGAUAUCAGCCUCGAGCAUGCAGAUAUCCCAAUAAUACUAUGUUGUCUCGUGUCCGGUCUCUGCGAUAGCAGUGCCUAUAAUUCCUGGAGCUGUUUUGUCUCCAUGCAGACUGGCAAUACGGUGUUCCUCGCUCUGGGCGCCUCUGGACAACCUAACGGGCAUGUCUAUGGCUGGUUGAAAUCCCUUGUCUCGAUUUGCGCAUUCCUGUGCGGAUGCCUCUUCUUUGCCAACUCUCGCCACAUCAAACCGAAAGCGCGCGGGACUCUUGGUAUAUCCUUCUUCCUACAAAGCAUCUGCAUCAUCAUCGCGGCCGCCUUGGUCCAAUCACACGUUAUUCCAGAACCAAUAGGCCUCCUUGCUGUACAGAACCUCGAUAUCAACUUCAAGGAACUGAUCCCGUUGGGCUUCCUGGCGUUCCAAUCUGGAGGGCAGAUGGUCACGUCGAGGAUGCUUGGCUUCAACGAGGUCCCGACAACAGUGUUGACAAGUGUUUAUUGUGAUCUGGCCAGUGACCCCAACUUCUUCAAGAAAGAUAAUGUUAAAAGGAACAGGCGGAUAUGUGCCGUUCUGUGCAUUUUGGUUGGUGGUAUUGUUGGGGGAUGGAUUAGUAGGAGUGCGGCGAGGAUGUCUGUCAAUCUUUGGAUUGCAGCUGGGAUUAAGAUGGCCAUCGCAUUGAGUUGGUCAUUAUGGAGCCCUGCGACGCCUACCCAGAUAUAGAGAUUGAGAAGUACCAGCUUCUCUUCGACUGUCGGUGGGUUCUUCAACAUUGAUUUCUUGCACAUAUUCCACGUCUUAGAUGGCUUGGUCUGGUCACAUAGCAUGAUCACGAAUUGCAUUUAGAUGGAAAUUAGAUGGCAAUGUACUUACAUUAAUACAACAAGACGUAUACCCCAGGGGUUCCUGCCCAUCCUGGU